AUUAUUAAUGACAGGUUUAUGGCCGGAGGCAGUUCGUGUAUUAUUAACAUUGUCCCUCCAAUUAGAAGUGUCUCCUAUAAAAUUAGAUAAAGUAUUAAAGUCCCUAGAGAGGAGAGCAAAUAGAUUUGGUCUUAUGCAUGCAGAGGAUAUAGUUCGAGGAUUUGAGGUAUUAUUUGGUAAAUUUAUGCCUAUACUUGUACUACAAGAAGUACAUCUUUCCUUUAAUCAUAUGAUUAUUGUAUUAUUAUUUACUACUUUUUCUCUUCUUGCUUUCUUUGCUUUCCUUGGAUUAGCAUUCACUAGCUUCGAGAGCCUAAAGAGUGGUGUAAGUACAGCAGUACAAUCUAUGCUUGCAGUACUUGGGGCUGUUGGUCUCCAAUCAGGAGCAUCACAAGAAGCAGCAGAAGUUGAGCAAAGGAUGAAGCAACAUAUAGAGGCAAUCAUGGGGGAUAAAUUAUCCAAGGCAAGAGAACAAGUUGAGGAAUUACAAGAAAAAUUCAAGCCACAAACUACUAUUAAGGAAGGAAAACCUCUUAAGGUUCUUUUGUUAGAUUAG